GCGGAGUUGGCUUUUUUUAUUCUUGACAGCGGCAGCAGCAAGCGGCGAGCCUGCAUCCACAGUCUGCCUGUAUUCGUCUUCAGGAAGUCGGGCCCGGUGCUCCCAAGUCACUAAGAGUGCUCUCCGCCUUUACGGUCUUCAGUGUUUUCGUGGUCUAAAACAGACUUGAGUUUUUUUGAGAGAUAGUUUAAAGUAUUUAUUUAAAAAAAAAUUUACUCUCUUUGACUGUUGUGUUAUCCUGUUGCUCGUCUCUGCAGGUGCUACUUCGUCUGGUUGUUAUUCUCCAUGCUUGAUUUUGCGUUUUUGCAAUGUUGGCGCCAUAUUCUCUUCCCUGUUCCCGGUGAUGUGAUUGGCGGGCGUUGAUUAACAAAAGGGCCCUCGGCCCCAAUCGGGCCCAUCAUACGAAUCGCAAUGAAUGCAGCUUUAAAUCGGUCGCCGCCGCCAAAAUCUGCCGCCGCCGCCUCCACUAUCUCUAUCAAAAGAGUGUCUGCCGCAAAACUGGUCCUGCUGUUCUUCUUGUGUCUCAUGGUUUUCGUCGAUUUUGCCAAAGCUGGUACCUGUUGGUCAGCGAUGAUUCGCACCAGUAAUGGUCGUUGCAAGGAACUUUUGCGCGAGAAGAGUACCAAGGAAGAGUGCUGUCAAGCGGCCAGCUCCAGCAGAUCUUUGACUACCGCCUGGUCUGCAGAUGAACUUGAUUCUGGAACAUUGUUCUUCUGGAGGGUCUUAGGUGGAGGUGUACCGUGCUCGCCUUGCAGAGACUCUUGCAAGGACGUGGAGUGCGGGCUGGACAAGUCGUGCGUCAUACGCAAAGGAGCGCCGAAGUGCGUCUGCUCGUCGAAGUGCAAGGAGCUGAGCAACAAGGCGGUGCGGUCGGCGGGCGGCGCCUCCAAGAGCGCCGUGUGCGGCACCGAUGGCCGCAGCUACCGCAACAUCUGCAGACUGAGGAAACGCGCUUGUCGCAGACGCACCACCACGCUCACCGUCGCCUACAACGGCGUCUGCCAAAGUUCCUGUGAUAAAAUCGAGUGUCCCCAGGGCAAGCACUGCCUGCUGGAUCAGAACCUGACGCCGCAUUGCGUGAACUGCAUGAAAAAAUGUCCGAUGCACGUUCAAAAAAAGCGGCAAGUUUGCGGCUCUGACGGUCUGACAUACCCGUCGGCCUGCCAUCUCAGAGCCAAAGCUUGCAGGAAGGGCAAAGCUGUACCUAUAGCUUACAAGGGAGCUUGCAAAGCCGAAGCCAGCUGCAGCUCUGUCCACUGCCGACAGAGCCAGUCUUGUUUGGCGGACCUGAGCACGGGCCGGCCGCGGUGCGUGUCGUGCGGCGUAGAGUGCCGCCCCCGGCACAUGCACGGCCCGAUCUGCGGCACCAACAACUCCACCUAUCACACGUGGUGCCACAUGAUGCAGGACGCGUGUCAGCGCGGCUACGUCAUCGACACCAUGCACAACGGCAAGUGUCGAACCACCAAGGGCAAAAUGGGGAACACUUGAUCUUUGUUUAUAUCCCUUAUAAAAAUUUAGGAAAUCAGAAACUAUAAGCCAAAGAAUAUGGGUUGGAAGAUUCGAAUAGAAAAAACAGCGUUGCAAAAAAAUUGAAUAGCUAAAUUUUUAAAGGGA